CCUCAGUAACCCAGGUAAUAAUGACUCCUAGCCUGAUGGAGGUCGGAGGUUCGACCAUGUGUCCCCACUGCCAGCAGCACGUGGUCACCAAUACAGAGACCAACGCUGGCCUGCUUACCUGGCUCAUCUGUGGAGGCCUCUUCAUUGUUGGGUGCUGGCCAUGCUGCGCCAUCCCGUUCUGUGUAGACUCAUGUAAAGACGUGGAUCACAGCUGUCCAAACUGCAACAAAAUCAUCUACGUCUACAAACGGAUUUGAUAUUAAUUUGACCUGACGUUACUGUACUACCUUUAUCUGAAGGACUGGGACAUGGCACUUGAAUCAAAUCAACAUUUCUGUAAAUGUAUGAGGAUCGUAUUCACUAGGGCAUGUGAUGUUGUAGUGUCUAGCGGAAAUACAAACCCACAAGUGCCAAGCUCUAUCAGGUCCCUGGCCAGACUUGACCCUUGUAGUGACUACCAAAGAGAAUCCUGAUACCAAAGACUGGUAGUAGCUGCGCUAUAGCUGUUUCACUGUAGUUCUGUACUCGUCUGAAGUCCAUGAAAGUAAAGGAACUUCUAAACCAUUGUAAUAUUGUUAUAUUGAGAUGUAUCUAUCACCAUCAUACUUCUUAUUGUAAUAUUGUUAUAUUGUGAUGUUUUUGUUAUUACACUCUUGCAGUCGUUCCCUCACCGAUCGCGUUCUCUUUUUCCCCCUGAACGUUCUACUACUCAUUUGUCAUAAAGGACCAUUGUCAAUAAUUACAAUGGAUCUUAUGGUUGUCUUUUCACUUCCUGCCUAGUUGCUCUAUAAAGCUCUGAUUAAAGUUGUCUGUAUUGUA